AUGUUCAAAUUCUUUGAUUCGUUUAUGUUCGACUUCGAGCUCACCCGGCUCCUCGGCAGCACAUCGGCCGGCGGCUGCGAAGCCUGCGAGUUUCUGACCGCCGUGGGAAAGAUCAAGAAAAACGAUGCCGAGUCGUGGCAUGACGCCUGGCAGGAGCAGGGAGAGCGGGCCGAGGCCAUCGCCGAUGAGGCCGCCAGGGACGGCCUCAAGGCCCUGGCCAGGAACGGGUACCUGCGCGCGGCAAAUUACUACCGGGCCGCAUCGUACCUGUUCUUCAACGACGAUCCAAGGGUCGUGCCCAUGUCCGAGAGGUCGGUUGCAGCCUUUGUGCGCGCAACGUCCUUCAUGGACGGCGAGGUGCUGCUGGUGGAGAUCCCGUAUGAGAACGGCAUCAGCAUGCCCGGGUACUUGUAUCUCCCUCCCAGGGAAGCGCGAUUUCCCGGCAAGAUACCGCUCCUGAUGUACUUUGGCGGAGCCGAUUCGACAAAGGAGGAGCUGUAUUUCCUGUUCGGUGACUCGGGUCCGCGGCUGGGCUACGCCGUCCUCUGCCCAGAGGGCCCCGGCCAGGGCCUGCUGCUGAAGAAGUCGGGGCUUCCCCUGCGACCCGAUUUCGAGGUCUGCGCGGACAAGGUGCUGGCUUUUGUUGGCAAUCUGGCUCAAUCGCGGCCAGAGCUGCAGCUGGAUCUAGACAGGAUUGCCGUAGCGGGUGCCGUCACCGGAGGAUACUUUGCCCUCCGCUCUGCCACCGACCCUCGCAUCAAAGCGUGUGUGUCUAUUGACCCAUUCUUCAGCAUGUUCGAGCUGGCAAUGACCCGUGCCCCUCAGUCCUUCGUCAGCUUGUGGGAGGGCGGCUGGGUCCCCGACAGCUUGUUCAACUUCACAGCGGGCCUGCAGAGAAUGACAAGCUUCCAGGCGCGGUGGGAGCUCGCACUGGGCGCGAGCAGCAUGGGCGCCGAGUCGCCCGCCGCCAUGCUGCGACGCUUCAGAGACUUUUCCCUCGACAACGGGAAGGACGGCAAGGUCUUGGACAGGGUGACGUGCCCCGUGCUUCUCACGGGCCCCGGCAGUGGUCGCGAGAUGUACUCGUCGGCAGAGACGGGGGCGGUCAAGAUCCACAAGUUGCUCACUAAUGUGCCGGAGAGGAACAAGGAGCUCUGGGUCCCAGUGGACGAAGCCGACGGCGGGUUGUCGGCCAGCAUUGGAGCGUGGCCCUUGUUGGCGCAGAGGAGCUUCCAAUUUCUAGACGCGCAUCUUGGCAUUGAUCGGAAGAGUACGAAGGAAAGCAAAUAG